AACCGACACAUGAAUGGCAAUCGGAAUCUUUCUUUAAUGACCUAUAUACUGAUUGAUUACUGGGUCGAUUUGUCUAUGAUCAAUCGCCUAAUCAAUUGAUUAAUCGGCAGGCGGGCAACUCAAUUGCUUUAUUUGAUUGGAAGGCCUGCUGCCUCUCUUCUCCCCAUAUGUUUUCGCUGCGCCACAAACGCAACGCACGCACGCCGACAGCAACAAGGCACCAAACAUCUCCGAUAUCACCAAUUGCUUUCAUAAAGCUUGUUGCAUUCGGACGGCAGGACGGAGUCGCGGCGAGCGCCGGCAUCAGUCAGUUGGCGGCAUUCUCUUGAUCGAUCGGCCGGCGGAGGAUCGAUCGGAUCGAUGAUGCAGCAGGUGCCGCCGUGGCUGGAGCCUCUUCUGACGACGCGCUUCUUCUCCACGUGCGGCGCGCACGCCGGCCGCCCCCGCAGCGAGUGCAACAAGUUCUGCCUCGACUGCCGCGCGCCGGCCUUCUGCUACUACUGCCGCCAGCAGCGCCACGCCGCGCACCGCGUCAUCCAGGUACGGCGGUCGUCGUACCACGACGUGGUGCGCGUGGCGGAUGUGGAGGAGGCGCUGGACGUGGCCGGCGUCCAGACGUACGUCAUCAACGGCGCCAGGGUGCUCUUCCUCAACCAGCGCCCGCAGCCCCCGCCGCGAGGAUCAGGAACCCUUGCCCGCGGCACCACCUACAGCUGCCGCGUCUGCGCCCGCGCCCUGCUCGACACCUUCCGCUUCUGCUCCCUCGGAUGCAAGGUAUAUAUGUGCCCCGCAUUUUGUUCGUCCUCCACGCAUUCUCUGCAAAAUAAACUCCCUUCAAUUCCAUCAAUUCGUACGCCGAAAUCGCAAUGCAGCUGGCGAGCAUCAAGAGGAGCGGCGCCGGCGCUGAGGAGGGCGCAGGAAGCGGCGACGUCGUCGACAGCGAUAGCAACGGGAGGCAGCAGCAGCAGCAUCUGGCACCGACAAUGGCGCCUGCGGUGAGGAAGCACCGUCGUCGUCACCGACGGAAGGGAAUCCCGCGCCGCGCGCCCUUGGGUUCCUAAGUUUCCUCCUAGCUAGCUAGCUGACACGUAUGUAAAAUUCAUCAAACCACCGACUAGCUAGACUGAGAGAGAAUAGGUGCAUGAUAUGGACCAACCACCGCAUGUGUGCAAUGCAAUUUGCAAGACGACUGCGCUGGAGAUGGAGAUCGAUGGUGAUAGCACAACUGCAUAUACACUGACCGAUAGUACAAGUCUGGAAGCAGAGCAUUAAUCAAGUGAAGUGGCAAGAGAUAGCAGAAACAAGCCGGCUUGCUAGAAGAAGGUUCGUGGUUAAUUAUUAGGGGGAGGCUAGAAAUUAACAAUGUAAAUUUGAUUUGAUUUACGUUUAUGGUAAUAUACUGUCCACUUGUUAUUUUGCCGUCUAGGACUAAAAAUUGCAUAGUAAUAAUGUUUCGAGAAGUCCUUAACAUGGUCGAAUUCGCUUCUCAAAUCUUCUGUUAAAAUUUUUGCUCAAAAUUUGAAUAGGAAAUUUGAUAUAGCUGAACUGAAAAUGGGCCUUUCUCGGGAUCCCUCUGGGAUGUUCUGGUUCAUAGCGUUGUCCAACCCAGUAUGCUAGGGAAGAGAGGUCUAUUGGUUUUUUUUGCUA